AUGAAUAAUUAUUAUAAAGACGAACGUUAUCAACAUGGAUCAUUACCGUAUUUGAAUUUAGCAAUGUACGCAUUUUUACUGUAUUAUUCUAAAAAUGAAGCUUAUUCCAAUUAUAUUUUCAUUAUUAGCAAUACGAAAAUGAAUAAUAAUAUAAAUGAUUCGAAUCCUCAAUCGGAAAGAAUUUCCAAAAGACAGAAGGUUGCGAAAGAGGAAGAAGCGAGAAAUCACCCGGUUCUUCCUGAGAACGGUGGACUCGAUAUUGUAUUUAAUAAUCAUCAACAAAUUACAAUCUUCUGA